CAGGGAAUAUGAAGAACAGAGAAAGUAUCCAGGAACCUAGAUUUGAUUAUUACAACCAUAAAGUUCCUGAUAUUGACCUCAGUGAUUGUGAAUUUCCACAUGUCAUUGAAAUUUAUGACUUCCCCCAAGAAUUUCGUACUGAAGACCUUCUACGGGUUUUCUGCAGUUAUCAAAAGAAAGGAUUUGAUAUUAAAUGGGUGGAUGAUACACAUGCACUAGGAGUAUUCUCCAGCCCGAUUACAGCUCGUGAUGCUUUGGGUAUUAAACAUACCAUGGUGAAGAUCCGGCCCUUGUCACAGGCCACAAGAGCCGCCAAGGCCAAAGCUAGAGCUUAUGCUGAAUUUCUCCAGCCAGCAAAGGAGCGUCCUGAGACUUCAGCAGCCCUAGCCAGAAGGUUAGUCAUCAGUGCCCUUGGGGUUCGAAGCAGGCAGAGCAAGACUGAAAGGGAAGCAGAGCUCAAGAAACUGCAAGAAGCCCGAGAGAAAAAACGGUUGGAGGCCAAGCAACGGGAAGACAUCUGGGAAGGCAGAGACCAGUCUGCAGUAUGAACAUCACUCACUGAAAGGGAUAAUUCCAUGAAUCAGAAAAUCUUUCCACAGUCUUCAAAUUAGAGGAUCCUUCCAGAGCUCUGUGUACAUGCAGAUGUGCAUGUCAAAGAAGGAGAUAAAGCAAUCAGGACAAGGACUGAUGGUAUGGAAAGAAGAUAGACCUCUGUCUUCACUCCUAAAUGCCAUUCUUUGGAACUGCCUUACUGUGGUGGGCAUAGAAAGGAGCCAUCAGCCAGGAAGAAACAUGGGAGAUGUGACUUCCAGGAGUCUUCUAGACAGGGCAAGUCAUGUUAGUGUGGGUCAGACUUCCAAGAUGUUUAAAGCAAAUACAGAACAGAUCAGAGGAUUCAAACCUGCAAUGAUGUGAGAUUUAGGCCCUACAAAGAGCAUUCCUUAGUACCUCAUAAAGCUGAGAACAGCAAUAUUGGGGACAAGGGAGGGGGAUGGGUAGGGAGCAGUUAGUACAGAGAGACAGAACAGUGUCUGGUGUACUUAGCAUGCACAGACUCCACACUGCCAUUUCCAGGACUCCAGAGUUGGUGAACUGCAGCAGAUGUGGGUGUUUGGACUCCAGAGUCUGCACUGAGCUCAGUGCCUGGGGCUGCUCCAGCUGCACAGCAGCCAGUGGGCAUGCCAGCUUCAUUCCUUAUAGUAAGCCAGCCUCGGGAGUUGUUUGCCAGCUCCCGUUUACGCAGUAAUAUGUUGUAAGAGGGAGACAUUAAAGCCCAUUUUAUGACAUAUA